AUGCCCCACAAACACAAGAGAAAGCGAGGCGAGGACGGCGACUAUGAACUGCCCGCCACCCAGAUAGCCCGCCCGCUGCCCGCUUCGUCGAGCAAGCAAGGCGCCAAACCAGGACCUCGCACUGUCAAAAAGCGACGCAAUAAUCGCAGCGCCGACGACGAUGCCCCACGCGCCUUCAAGAGACUCAUGGCAGUCGCGCAAGGCCAAAAAAUCAGGUCGGGUCUCGACGACGGAGAAAAGGGCAAGAGAGCGGCAGAUCUCGCCCCGGAACCCCUGCGCAUUCGCCCUGGCGAAGACUCGAGAUCCUUUGCUGCUCGCGUCGAUGCGGCACUUCCCCUGGCCGGUCUGGCAAAAAAGACCAAGGCGAAGGACGGAAAGGACGAGAUCGGACUCAAGGUGCACCGCACCCGCAAGGAACGCAAGAUGCACAAGCUCUACGACCAGUGGCGAGCAGAGGAACGCAAGAUCCAAGACCAGAAGGAAGAGGAGCUCGAGGAGGCCGCCGAGAGGGAGAUGGACAACGACGCGGCCGGCACCCUCUCGUCAGAACUGAUGAUGGCCGGCAUGGACGAGGAGAGGUCUGGCAAGAAAAGAGGCCGGCGGCGGCGGGCCAAGGCCGAAGAGGAGGACCCCUGGCUCGAACUCAAGCGCAAGAGAGCGGAAGCUCCAGUUGGUCUUCAUGACGUCGCUCAAGCUCCUCCUGAACUACACAAAAAGAUGCGGCAGCAGCUCAAGGUGGGAGACGCCGCCGCCGAUGUUGACAACAUACCCAAGGCUGCCGGAAGUCUCCGUCGGCGCGAAGAAUUGCAGAUGGCGAGAAAUGACGUUGUCGAGGCGUACAGGAAAAUCAGAGAGCACGAGCAGGCAAAGCUCGAUGGCCUAAGAAGACGGACGUAA